ACCACUUCUAAGCCUGAAUGUGUAACACUCAAAUGAGUUGCUGCUUGUUUUCAACAAAUCUCUAGUACAAUUGAACCGGAUUAUAGUGCUUCUAUUUUUUGUAAAGAAAAACUACUACUGUGAGACGCGCACCAUAAAUAAAUAUUUCACUAGCAAUAUCGGAAUGCUUAACCCAUCUCCCGAUAGAAGUUAAGCUUAACAAUUACAUUUAGUAUUAUAGAACCUUAUCUAAAUUCCACAACGAACAUUGUUAUGGAUGAAGAGAUACUACAGGAGCUGAAAGAUCAAGAAAUUACCAAAUUUUCUCCGAUUAAGCUACCUUUAACAUUUGAAAUAGUACUGUUAAAUAGAGAUGGAUCAGAACCAUUAGUACUUACAGUUAUUCAAAAAAUUACUUCAAUUGAUUUUGAAGUAUUAAUAAGACCAAACAUAUCAAUUAUCUCCGAGGAAAAUGUAUUAUUUCGUCUGAAAGAUGAUGUUCAUCGACUUUUAACUACAUUAAAUUCUUAUUAUUAUUUUGUUCAUAUAAAGAAAGAUGUACGUGAUAGACAUCAAGAAAGUGGAAUAAUGUUUCAUAUUAAAGAACUUAUGUAUUGUGUUAUAAUCGUACCUCAUCAAAAUAUACGACAUGUUAAUUUUAAGUUAGAAUUAAAUCACUCAAACUUAUAUACCCCACAAGAAUUACAACUAAUAUCUAUCAAUGGUGAUGAUCAUGAUACACCAAUAAACCAAAUAAUAGAUUCUUUUGAUAUGUUACCUCCAGUUCAUGACUCACCCAUAAAGGAAAACAAUGUUAAUAUUAUUGAUUUAGAAGAUCCUAAAACAUUUUUGGUUCAUAGAUAUUUUGAAACAUUGUAUUCAUUAAAUACACCAUUAGCAUAUUUCCCUAAAUCUGCCAUGACAAGAUUUCGAAAUUUAUGUGAUAAUGAUGAUAAGAAAAUAAAAAAUAUACUAUGUACAGUGUUUCUUUCUGUUGAACAAUUUGAUGAAAGACAUAAUGAUAAAUUUGGACUCCUUAGUAAGAAUAAUACUAAUAAUAAAAACAAUAUUCUUGAAAAUGUUGAGCAUUCUAUACGUGAAGAGUUUAUGAAAAAGAAUGAUGAAUUAAUGAAAGUUAUUCAAUCCAAUAAUACUAUGGGAUCUGCUAAAGAUAAAAAUAAUUCAAGCAAGAAAGUUGCUACUAAAGAAGAAAGACUUCAACAUUUAGUAUUAGAAUUAAAGAUAAGAGAAGCACAAUUACAAUUAAUUCUUAUUUGUGAAUUAUUACAUGUUUGGAAUAUUUGUCAAGAUACCUUUAUUACUGAUAAUGAAAAGAAACAAAGAAAAGAAAUAAAGAAACGAGAAAAGGAUUCCAAACCAUCAUUAGUUCGAAGAAAGUCGAGUAAAACUCGUAAAAUCAUUCCAACAUUUCUUGGAAUGGGUGUUAAUGUUCAACUUCGUAAUAGUAAUAAUAUUUCUGAAGAUAAUGAUGUUGUAAAUGAAUAUAUGGCAUUUCUUUCUAUGAAUGCAGUUUUAGAUAGACUUGGAUUAUGGGAUACUUUAUUAGGUAGAAGUCAUAAAACUGAAAAUAAUGGAACUUUAGGAUUCUUGGCUUAUGUACUUGUACCAUAUUAUAAUAAGAAGAUUCCAAAUAUAAUUAAAUAUAUUAUUAAUAAAACUAAAGAUCUGACUAUGAAGGCCCCUAGAAUUUCAAAAUCAGUUAAGAAAGAUGAUGAAAAGAAAGAAACCGAAGGUAAUAAAAAGAAUGAUAAAACAUCUAAGAAUUAUAAAUUUAAAAAAGUUUUAUUAAAUAGGAACUCAGCUCCGAUUUUAAAAAGAUCAACUACUAGUAGUCUUGGAAGUGAUGAUGAUUUAAUGCCGGCAUUUUCUUUAAAGAGAUCUGCAUCUAAUCUUUCAUCUAAGAAUCUUAAAAAGAGAGUAGUAGAUAUGUCUAUGACUUUAAAAUCUUUCUCUGAUGGGACUGGGAAUGAAUCUAAUAGUUUAAAACGUCUGAAAAGUUUAUCUGAGAAAUCAUUGGUUAGUUUAUCUGAAGGUACUAUAUUUGGAAGAAAGAAAUCUCAAGUAAUUAUUCUGAAUUCAGGAGCUAUUUCGCAGGUCGAAGCUACUCCAGUAAAGAAACAUUCAUCACUGAUUUCUCAAGUAUCAUCAACUCCAUCGGUACCUGUACUUGUACCAUCAUUUAAUAUUCCUUCAAGAUCAUAUUCACAAGUUAUAGCUACACCAUCAGUUUCAAGUAGGACAAUUCCAUUAGAGGAAAUUAUGAAGACACCUGAUGGAGCAUUUUUACGACCCAAUAAUAAUAAUAGAGGUAAGGAUUCGAUUUAUACGAAACUUGUGGAUUCAAAUAUAAAUAUAAAUGAUAUUUCUAUUUCACUGCAUGUUGAAACUACACCAAUUCAAGUCAUUAAUUCAUCUCCUACUUCAAGUAAACAACGAAGGAAACCAGGAGCACCUGCAUCGAUUGAAGAUUCUCCAUUUUAUAAUCUGGCAUUUAAUGGAUCUCCUAUAUCAUAUCGUAUGAAUGAUGAUAAACAUCCUGAUAAAUUUUCUUCUUUAACAAUUAAAUCAAAAGAAGAUUAAUAUCCAAUAGUUUUACAUUUAAUUUAAAUUAC